GCCCACUCCCUCCUCCCGGUGACGGUGAACCGGAGAGCCGCCGCCCGGGCUCCGGGACGCCGCGCCUCCGCUGAUGGAUCUCGAUGAAGCCUUCCGGACCGUCGGGGAGUUCGGUCCGUACCAGAAGCGGGCCGUGUCGGUGCUGCUUCUCAUCCAGGUGUACAUGGCCUGUCAGUCCAUGUUGAUCGUGCUGGUUGGAGCGACCCCGGAGGAGCGAGUGGAGCAGGAGGAGCCGCUUCAAGUUGCUGUGUUUCCUCAGGACAGCGACUCCAUCGUGACGGAGUGGCUCCUCGUCAAGCAGCAGGCCUACAAGGUCAACCUGGCCGGGUCGCUCUUCUUCGCCGGGCUCCUGGUCGGGAACGUCGUCUUCGGCCCGCUGUCCGACAGGAUUGGCAGGAGGCCAGUCUACCUGACGGGCCUGUUCUUCGAGGUGCUGUUCGGCUACAUGACGGCCUUCGCUCCGAGCUACGAGGUCUUCGCCGUGUCUCGCCUCCUGGUGGGCGUGAUGAACGGCGGCAUCGGCCUGGUCUGCUUCGUCCUCGCUCAGGAGUACGUUGGGAAGUCGUACUGGGCCAUGACCGGGACCUUGAGCAGUAUGACGUUCGCCGUCGGCAUCGCCCUGUUCGGAGCGCUGGGGUACCUGAUCCGGCCGUGGAGGAGCCUCGCCACAGCGGCCAACUCGUCCGGCGUCCUCUUCCUGAUGCUUUCUGUGACGCUGCCGGAGUCUCCUCGCUGGCUGUACUCGCAGGGCCGGACGGAGCGGGCUCAGGAGGUGCUGCGCUACAUGGCGCUCCGAAACGGCAACGCCGCCAACAACCUGGUGCUGCAGGGCGUCAAGCCCGGUAACCAUGGCAACGGCGAAGGGGCCGGCGUCCUGCAGCUGGUGCUCCACCCAGUCCUCCGCCUGCGGACCGCCGUCCUCAUGUACGUCUGGUAUGCGUGCAGUCUGGUGUAUUACGGUCUGACUCUGGGAGCCAGUGACACUUCCGGCAGUCCGUACAGGAACAUCGCCAUGUACGGCCUGGUGGAGCUGCCAGCAUACCCACUCUGCAUUUAUUUCAUCAACAAACACUGGGCCGGCAGGAGGAAAAGCAUGGCGGUGUUCCUGUGUUUAGCCGGCUCCGCCUGCCUCUGCACCAUGUUCAUUCCUGAAAACACAGGGACUGUGCUCAGCGUCACCUCCCUGGCUCUGGUGGGGAAGCUGAUGGUGAGCGCGGCCUUCAACAUCGCCUACGUCUACACAGCUGAGCUCUACCCCACGGUGAUCAGGAACGCCGGGCUGGGAGUUUGCUCCAUGUCCUGCAGGGUCGGAGGGAUCCUGGCGCCGUUCGUUCCCUCCAUGCGCUCCCUGCACUCGUCCCUUCCCUUCACGGUCUUCUUCUUCAGUGGUGUCUCAGCCGGCUGUCUGGGUCUGCUCCUCCCUGAGACGCUCCUCAGACCGUCAGCGGAGACUCUGGAGGAGCUCAGCAGCGCCGCGCACGGCCGCGUUCUGGAGAGCAAGCCUCUUCUGUACGAGGACGACCACAGGUGAAGCCUGGCGACGGAGCUGCUGCCGACCCGGCCCUCCGUCAGGCCCCUGAGCUCCAGGUGGAGGUCAGACUCGGACCCAGCAGAGGAGCCCUCCUCUGAAGAACCCGCCGGUCCGGAUCUGCUCCAGGUGCGACGUUGGACCCGGAACCUCUGACCAAUCCCAGCUCUCCUCCAGCCGGACUCGCCGUCUCUGUAGUCUCACCCCGGACCAACGAUUGGUCACCGGGCCACCGGUUGGUCACCGGGCCACCGGUUGGUCACCGGGCGGAUCUACUGGCAGAUUGUUGAUGCUCAGCUGCUGAAAACAUCCGGAGCCAGACGUCUUCAACGCCCUCCGCCGGUCAACCAUGUGCAGACUCGCUGGACGUCGUCCUGGACUGAAAGUUCCGAUUCUUUCUCUGAACUCUACUUCUGUCAAAGUGAAAGUUCCCCAUAAAAUCACUGAGUGAAAGUCUUGAAGUAACUCAUGGAAAGUGCUUGAGAAUCAAAAAUAAAACUGAAAAUCCCCAAAAAAGUUGCUUUUUUUCCACUCUCUCUCUCUCAGGCUUCCUUUAUCGGACAGGAAGUGUGUCUGGUCACUUCCUCAUGCGUUAAAAAUCUCCCUCCAUGUUUCUCAGAGAAUUACUUCAGAUUGUUUCAGC